UCCUCUGUUCUCAGCCUGAGCAUCCUGUGCUGCUACUGCUGUUUCUCUGUGGGACGUUCAAACUCAGACCCCAUCAACCAACAGUUUAACUGAGCCAAAAAACAUCAGAGAAGAAAUAUUUGAUCUGAGGAGGCAUUUACAACAGGUAAAAUAUGUUAAAGUGGACUGUGCUCCUGUCUUUAUGUAUAUGCAUCACUUCUGCAGCAUUUGAAAAUCUUUUUGAACAAUACUCCAUUAUGGAUCCAGAGGAAGUCCUGAGUGUGACCAUUCCUCUGCAGGGGAAACAGCGCCCUCUACUGGGAGACAAUCUGUUGCUGCCGUGUUACUUUGAGGAUCACACUAUAGAAGACCCUGGUGCUCCGCCCUUUGAUCCCCUAUCCUAUCGCAUUGUUUGGAGCCAUGUCACUAAAGAAAAGGUUUCGACCAUCCUGGUGGCUUUGGAGGGACGAGUCCGCAUCGGUGAAGAUUAUGUGGACAGAGUUCAACUACAGAGCUAUCCCCAAUACCCAACAGAUGCCAGUAUCGAGAUUUCUGAGCUGCAUUCCAGUGACACUGGGGUGUAUCGCUGUGAAGUUCAGAAGCACAUUGAGGAUAACUACGACACUGUCGAUGUCCAUGUUCAAGGUAUUGUGUUCCACUACCGGGCUGUAAUGGGCCGCUACGCUUUGACCUUUGAGCAAGCAAAGGUAGCAUGUGCCAUGAACAGUGCAGUCAUUGCUUCUCCUGAGCAACUUCAAGCAGCAUUUGAUGAUGGCUUCCACCAGUGUGAUGCUGGCUGGUUGUCUGAUCAAACAGUGAGGUAUCCUAUUCAUGAACCCCGUAUGAACUGCUAUGGGGACAAAGAAGAGCUUCCUGGUGUCAGGACCUAUGGAGUAAGAGACCUCAAUGAGACAUAUGAUGCUUACUGCUUCGCAGAUAGGAUGACAGGCAGAGUUUUCCACACAACUUCUGCUGAGAAGUUUACAUUUUCUGAGGCUGAGUUUGCGUGCUCACACCAGGGAGCUCAGCUAGCCACCACAGGUCAGCUGUACCUUGCAUGGCAGGGGGGUAUGGAUGUCUGCAACGCUGGCUGGCUGGCAGAUGGGAGCGUCCGCUACCCCAUCAACAUUCGGCGACCGCAGUGUGGAGGGGGUUUACUGGGGGUCCGAACUGUUUAUCUACACACAAACCAGACAGGAUAUCCACAUCCUAACUCCCGCUAUGAUGCCUUCUGUUACACUGAAUCCCCAGAUGAUGAGGGUUCAGGCAUAGAAGGGGGAAACGAUGUUCUGAUUGUAACCACAGAGACAAAAAAUCCAGAGGUGCUUUUGGGUAAGACGACCACAGAGACCGAAGCGGUUGGGGAGGUCGUAACUCUGGAACCGUUUGAUCUGAACUCCACCUACAGUGAAAGCCCCACCAAGCUGCCAACUCCUCAGCUAACAAAUGUCACAGAGAUCUCCUUUGACCUGAUUAAGGCUGUCACCAACCAGCCAGCUGUCGCCAGAGAGCCCAGCAAUCCCUCUGUCAACUCUUCAUCAGGUGUGGUCUUUCAUCAUCGCUCACCUACUGGGAGUUAUGCCUUCACAUUCGUCGAGGCCCAGUUAGCUUGCCAAGGUGUUGGAGGCUUAAUAGCAACACCACAGCAGCUACAGGAAGCUUAUGAGGCUGGAUAUCAUCAAUGUGAAGCAGGUUGGCUUUUGGACCAGACUGUGAGAUAUCCCAUUGCGUUUACUCAAGAAAAGUGUGCUGGAGACCUUCAAGAUUCUCCUGGAGUUCGGACAUAUGGCCGUAGACCAGCAGAUGAGAGAUAUGAUGUUUACUGCUACACUGAGGGGAAAAAAGGAGAGGUUUUCCAUGUGGGUUCUGCUGAGGGUUUCACCUACGAUGAGGCUAUUUCUGCUUGCGAAAACCAAAGCGCAGUGCUGGCCUCAACUGCUGAGCUUUAUGCAGCAUGGAAAAAGGGUUUGGACAAGUGUCGUGCAGGCUGGCUACUAGAUCACAGUGUUCGCUAUCCUAUCAACAGCCCCCGCCCUGGAUGUGGAGGGGGAAGAGUAGGGGUCCACACUUACUACUCAAAGCCAAACCAGACAUAUUAUCCCGAACCACAUGCCAGAUUUGAUGCAUAUUGUUUGAGAGCUGACUUUCUGCCUGGAGCAAAUCAAACUGCAGUAGAGAUCCAGAAAACUCUACCUAAUGUGACAUCAGUUAGAGACUCAUUAAGGCCCGAUUUUUCCUCUAUUGUUCCUCCCAUCCCUGUGGAAAUUUCUGGUUCUGGCUCUGGUUCAGGAGACUUUGAUUCAGGCCAUGAAGGAGGACAGUCUGAAGAAAAGCAUAUCUCUAAAGACCAGGUUACCUCUGGAGAUCUGCCCGGUUCUGGAGAUCAGAUUUCCUCUGGAGAUCUGCCUGGUUCUGGAGACCGAGUUACCUCUGGAGAUCUGCCUGGUUCUGGAGACCAGAUUUCCUCUGGAGAUCUGUCUGGUUCUGGAGACCGAGUUACCUCUGGGGAUCUGUCUGGUUCUGGAAACCAGGUUACCUCUGGGUAUCUGUCUGUUACCUCUGGGGAUCUGUCUGGUUCUGGAAACCAGGUUACCUCUGGGGAUCUGUCUGGUUCUGGAAACCAGGUUACCUCUGGAGAUCUGCCUGGUUCUGGAGAUCAGAUUUCCUUUGGAGAUCUCUCUGGUUCUGGAGACCGAGUUACCUCUGGAGAUCUGCCUGGUUCAGGAGACCAGGUUACCUCUGGAGAUCUGCCUUGUUCUGGAGAGCAGGUUACCUCUGGAGAUCAGACUGGUUCUGGAGACCAGGUUACCUCUGGAGAUCAGACUGGUUCUGGAGACCAGGUUACCUCUGGAGAUCUGUCUGGUUCUGGACACCAGGUUACCUCUGGAGAUAUUUCUGGUUCUGGAGACCAGGUUAGUGCUGUGCUGCCCAGUGGAAGAUCAGGUUUGGGCAGUGCAAUUGAUCCAGAGUCAGGACAUAUUGAAGAAGGAUCUGGCAUCACAGUGGUUUUCUCUGGAGCUGACAGCUUUGCAUCAACAGAACGCUCUUCUUCAGGAGAACCUCAAGAGGCCGAAGAGGGAAGCACAGAACUUUUUAUCUACCCUUGGUCUAGAGCUGUUUCUGGAGAGCUUAGUGGAAGUGGAGAUAUGUCCGGGUUUGGAUCUGGAUCAGGAUUGGAUUCGGUGAGUAGUUUUCUAUCAGGAUCUGCCUCUGGAAGUGAAAUUGAACAAUCAGGACACAUUUCUGGAAGUGGAGAUGCUCACAUUUUUUUGAUAGAUGAAAAACUUGUGGAUCCAACUACUGCCAUGGAGGAGUUCAUGCUUAGUGGAGGUCCACUGACUUUCAGCGGUUCUGGAGACUUUCCAGGAUCUGGGAUUCAUAGUGCUGAUAACAGUGGGUCAAGCUCUGGUAUUGAAACUGACCCUUUUAAUAGUGUGACCUUUAUGGGUUCAGGCUUUACUGAACUUUUUGUGUCACCAUCUGGAGAGCAUGAAGAAGCUUCUGGCAGUUUAUUCUACAGCUUUGGAGAGGGAGGCGAUGGAACAUUUUCUGGAUUUGGAAUCUCAAGUUUAAGUUUUGAUUCUGGAUCAAGUUUCUCUGGAUCUGGAGCAUAUACAGACAGAGAAGAUGGUGUUACAUUUCUCACUCAGGGUCAAAGGACAGAAAUAACUGGAGAUGAUAAAGUUCCUUCAGAACAAAGAGAAUACUUAAUAGAAUACAGUGGAGAAGCAAGUGGUUUCUACUCUGGUGAUGGAGAAAAGGACCUUUCCUUCACCUCAGAGAUUUCUUCUUCAGAAGAAUUUUCCAAUCUAUCGAUGGUGGCUUUACUUGCUCCAUCAGUCGACCAAGUACUUACAGAGCCCAUCACAGAAACAGAGGACAGCACACAUGAAGCCAAACUGAUAGAGAACUCCAGAGUUCAUGUAACUCCAGGUCCAGAAACAGUGCCUGCAGGACUAGCUGCUCCUUCUGCAGAAGCCAAGCCAGCUUUUGUGCAAACACCAGAGGUGAUAAAAGCCUCAAAUCCAUGUGAACCAAACCCUUGCGGUAAUGCUUCAUGCAUAUUAGAGGAAGGAGAUGCUCACUGCUAUGAGGCAGAAGUGUGCCAUCCAAACCCUUGUGCCAAUGGAGCCACCUGUGUGGAGAGUUCAGACUCUUUCAAAUGCUUAUGCCUGCCCAGCUACAGAGGGGAACGCUGUGAUAUCGAGGAGCAGUGGUGUGAAGAUGGCUGGACGAAGUUUCAGGGAAACUGCUACCUGCACUUCUCUGAAAGGGAGGAGUGGCUAGAUGCAGAGAAACGCUGCCGUGACUUGAAUGCACACCUUGUCAGCAUCAUCACACCAGAGGAGCAACAGUUUGUUAGCGCAAAUAUGCAGGAUUACCAGUGGAUUGGCCUGAAUGACAAAACAGUGGAGAAUGAUUUCCAGUGGACUGAUGGCACUCCGCUGCAAUACGAGAACUGGAAGCUGAAUCAGCCUGAUAACUACUUUAAUUCAAAAGAGGACUGUGUGGUGAUGAUCUGGCAUGAGAACGGCAAAUGGAACGAUGUUCCCUGCAACUAUCACCUGCCCUUCACCUGCAAGAAAGGACCAGUGUCCUGUGGAGCCCCACCAGUGGUGAAACACGCUCAUACUUUUGGAAAGAGGAGGCUGGUGUAUCCUGUCAAUUCCAUCAUCCGUUAUCAGUGCAACCCAGGAUUUAGACAGCGCCAUCUACCAGUGGUCCGGUGCCAGACUGACGGGCAGUGGGAGAAACCAAGAGUGGAGUGUACUGAUGUUAAAGCCAGGAACAGAAUAAAGGAAAGAAGCAACAGGAAUAACAACUUAAUUUAGUUUUUCAAAGAAAAAAAAAGGGAAUCAUUAAAUAUCUUUUUCUAAUAUGAACCAAAAUGCUUGACUGGCCAUUAUAAGGCUGCUACGAUAUAGUAGCAAUUGUUUAAAACCCUCAUUCCUUAUAUAUACUGUGUAUGAAUAUAUUUAAUUUCUUUCAGUGUUUUAAAUAUAAAUUAUAAUUGUUUCUAUUCCUGCUGUUAAGUUUGAACAAAGAUCAUAUAGUAUGUUUCAGAACAAUUUAUUAUGUUUUAUUUUAUGUUGAAUAAUCUUCACGAAGGUGGAAGUGAAUGACAUGACGAGACUGUCUGCUUGAAAUGUUAACAGUGGGAUACACUGGCAGGUUGUUUAAUCCUGAUAAAGCAUCAUUUCACAACGGUGCUAAUUUGGUGCUUUUUAUCUCAGCCAGAAGAUGCCCCAGCUCCUAUAUAGGGUUGCAUUGCUUUAGCCUGUCAUCUGUAUCAGUUAACCAGAUCUGCUGCAUUGUGUGCUGUAGCUCUGUCUUAAUGCUCGGUAAAAACACCUUAGAAAAGACAUCUGGAAACCACAUGGACCCCGUUGUCAACCAAAACUAUAUCAAUAUAUUAUAUCAAACCUGUAAAUUACAUAGGGGGGUAUUGUUUACCUCAGGCAGAAACACAAUAUGUUUUUUUUCAUUGUCUAUCUGAACGUAUUAACUCUCUUCCUGCACAACUAUGCUAAUAAGGGUUUUGACUUUAAAUAAAAACAAGUACGAGACUGUAAAUGCAGCUGGAAGAGAAAAUAUUUAAACACAAAAACACCCAGUAUUUCUUUAAGAUCCCACUAAUAUGAAUUGCACACUGUAUUCCCCUGAAUGUACAAUACAGAUUUCUGAUUGUUUCAGCUUUAGCUUUAAUAUAAAAUAAAAACACGUCUGGCCAUUUAGGACAAAAGUCUGUAUAUCUUAAUGACUUGCAACAAUAAUUUAUGAAAGUAUUUUAUGGAAAAUACCAAAAUAUAAAGUGAGUAGGUCUAUUGUUUUUUUUUAUUGUUUUUUUUAUAAUCUUUCACAGUUGAGAAGCAGGUACUUAAUGAACCAACAUUUGGGGCCUAGAGGCCAGCAGGAAUACUGUUACAAAUAUGCAUCUUGUCCAUUGGCUGAAGGUUUAGCUCAUUGUGACUUUUGCUCCAAAAACAUAUAAAAAAAAUGAGUUUGUUUGUGCAAAAAAUAAAUGGCUGGAUAAGAAUGUGACCUUUAAAGCAUUUUAAUUUGGAAAAAAAAUUUACCAUACAAAACAUUUACCAAACAGUUCUGUUUGGUUAUAUGAGACCACAGCAGCAGCACAGAGCUCCAUGUUUUUGGUUUUGGGGAAUAAUAUAAAAUGCUUAAGACGAUUAGUUUGUCAUGUUGGGUUUAUUUACAGCAUUUUAUCUGUGCUUUCAUUGAUCACAUUUCCUAGUUCUGUGCAGUGCACAAGUGCUCUCUCAUGUUUUCAACUCAACAGGAUAUAACCUUUAUGUAAACUUCCAGCUCUUUGGGCUUUAUGUCAUUUGUGCCUUUGUGUUUCAUCACUGUUGCUGCUUGCCGGGGCUGUGCCUCAUGUUAUCACCUUCUGCACAAUAAAGCAAAAAUGCAA